AUGUGGAGAGUUCAGGACAGAGGAUGCUUCGGGAUUUUGUCGAUCCCCGUGAUGGUGGCCAUGGUUUGCUAUGCCCAGAGAGUUAACGAGUCCAACAACAUGUCAUAUGUGAAAGACACCGUGGAUAACUUGCUGAAAGGAUAUGACAUUCGAUUAAGACCAGAUUUCGGAGGUCUCCCUGUGGACGUUGGUAUGAACAUAGACAUUGCCAGCAUAGACAUGGUCUCUGAAGUCAAUAUGGAUUAUACUCUGACAAUGUACUUCCAACAAUCCUGGAGAGACAAGAGGCUUUCAUACUCUGGAAUACCUCUGAACCUCACUCUAGAUAACAGAGUGGCUGACCAACUCUGGGUUCCCGACACCUACUUUAUUAAUGACAAAAAGUCAUUUGUGCAUGGAGUUACAGUGAAAAAUCGAAUGAUUCGUCUGCACCCAGAUGGUACAGUGCUGUACAGCCUGAGAAUCACAACGACAGCAGCAUGUAUGAUGGAUCUGAGGAGGUACCCCUUGGAUGAGCAAAACUGCACACUUGAAAUAGAAAGCUAUGGGUACACAACGGAUGACAUUGAAUUUCAGUGGACAGGUGGUAACUAUGCAGUCACAGGAGUAGAGAAGAUUGAACUGCCGCAGUUUUCCAUUGUCGAACACAAGCUGGUUUCAAAGCGAGCAGUUUUUGCUACAGGUUCUUAUCCAAGACUAUCACUGAGUUUUCGACUGAAAAGAAAUAUUGGCUAUUUCAUCUUGCAAACAUACAUGCCCUCAAUUUUAAUCACAAUUUUGUCCUGGGUGUCCUUCUGGAUCAAUUAUGAUGCUUCUGCUGCAAGAGUUGCAUUAGGAAUCACAACUGUACUUACCAUGACAACUAUCAGCACUCACCUCAGGGAAACCCUUCCCAAGAUCCCCUAUGUUAAGGCUAUUGACAUUUACUUGAUGGGUUGUUUUGUCUUUGUAUUCCUGGCUUUAUUGGAAUAUGCCUUUGUCAACUACAUAUUCUUUGGAAGAGGACCACAGCUUCAGAAGAAAGCAACUCAGAAACCAACACAGCCCCACACGAAAAGCAGACUUGGAACCAACAAAACUCAGGUGGAUGCUCAUGGAAAUAUUCCACUAACAACUCUUGAAAUUCGGAAUGAAGUGAAAGCUUCUGAGGUGUUCACGAAUAUCAAUGAUCCAAGACCGACCAUGUUUUCUUAUGACAAUACCAACAUCCAAUACAGAAGGCCAGCUACCAGCAGAGAUGGCUAUGGUAGAAGCACACUAGAAAGGCACACAAUUCAGAAGAAGGGACGCUUACGGCGACGAACAUCACAACUGAAAAUUAAAAUCCCAGAUUUGGCUGAUGUGAAUGCCAUAGACAGGUGGUCACGGGUGGUCUUUCCUGUUACAUUUGGGUUUUUUAACUUGGUGUACUGGCUGUACUAUGUGCACUAA